AUGGACCAUCUUCAUAAUAAUUCCUUAUCAACUCCUAAUACACCAACAUUACUGCAUUCAGAACAAAAUGAUCAUAAUAAUCAUAAUGGUAACAACUCUAAUUUUCCACUAUCUUCAUCUUCAUCAUCAUCAUCAUUAUUAAAAUCACCAAAUCAAAUACCUCGUAAAGGCCAUUGGCGUAAAAGAAAACCACAUGUUUCAUUACCACCAAUCCAAAUUCAACGAAACCCAAAGCAUUCACAAUCAACUCCAUCAAUGUCUUCUGAGGAAUGUCGACGUAAAUUAAAUGAGGAAUUGGAAAAAGUUGAUUUCGAUGAUAUCACUGUUAGCGAACUUAAAGAAUUGUUAAGACAACGUGGUAAACCUGCCACUGGUAAAAAAUCUAUUCUUAUGCAAAGGCUUCAAGAAGAAAUUGAAUUAGUUAAAGCAAUGAAGAACUUCAAUCCAAAUGGUGAUGAUGUUCCUUUUCCUAAUAAUUGUAUGACAGUAAAUAAUAAUGCAACAGGUGAUUGGCCUGAUGUUAAUUUUUCUUUAUUGCAACAAAAUAUCAAUGAUCCUAACAACACAACUUCUCAAUAUGAUUUUUUAUUUCAAAAACAUCCACCAACUUCUGCUACAUCUGCUCCUGCUGUUAAACCAAAAUUUGAUUUUGUCUCUUUAACAAAUAAUCACAAUGAUAUUGUGGUUAAUGAUAAUAUUGUUAUUAAGGAUGAAGAAAUGAACAAUUCAGAUAAUUCUGACAAUGGUUAUAAUAUUUAUAAUCAACAAUCUUCAACUGCUCCUCCAAUGUUUACAGAAUUUGAUCUAACCAUAACAUCUGGAUACUUUACUACCAACAAAGCAACAACCACCUUUACUAAUUGCAAAAGUUUUAAGUCAACUUAUGCUGAUGAAAAAGUACAAGAAACUUUUAAGAGGUGGUGUGACUAUUUUGAGUAUAGCAGGAAAUUUUUAUUAUAA